AACUGCACUUUUGUCCACUUCCCAUCGGAGCCCCAAUUAGUCUCGUUUCCGCACUCGAUCUAAAGGGUUUUGCGCUACGCCUCCUUCUGCUUCCACUAGCAGCAGCUGAAAGAGAGCUUCUAUUUUCCCGUGCUUUGUUGGAUCUCUCGCAUUCAAACACGUGAUCGUCUCCUUCGUUAGGCGAACAUCUCGUGAAUUUUUUUAAACCGAUAGAGCGGUGGAUUGCGGAGUGUAAAGCGGAUAAGCUUUAUUUUCUUUUCCUUUAGUCGGAUUUGACAUCAGAAAGUGCGCCGCUCUUCUUCGACCAAUUGAACUCCCCACUAUUUUUAAUGGCAUUGACGGAGAAGGACAGUGAAUCUACUCUUGGCUGCCUCAGCAAAGAUUUUCCCGCUGUGGCUCACCCCUGUGCCGAGCAGCCAUCAGAAAUCACCUCCAACAUUGUCUACCACGCUCAAUACAGCCCUCAUUUUUCACCGCUCAAGUUUGAUCCAGAGCAAGCUUUUUAUGCCACAGCGCUAAGUGUCCGUGACAACCUGAUUCAGAGAUGGAAUGAUACAUACUUACAUUUUCACAAGCAUGAUCCCAAGCAGACUUAUUACCUGUCCAUGGAAUAUUUACAAGGCCGUGCUCUUACUAAUGCUAUUGGGAACCUUGACAUUCAAGGAGCAUAUGCCGAUGCUUUGAAAAAACUGGGGCAUGAAAUUGAAGAAAUUGCAGAAAAGGAGAAAGAUGCUGCGCUAGGAAAUGGAGGCUUGGGCCGGCUUGCAUCUUGCUUUCUUGAUUCAAUGGCAACUCUAAACUUACCUGCUUGGGGAUAUGGUUUGAGAUAUAGAUAUGGCCUUUUUAAGCAGAAGAUUUCAAAAGAGGGACAAGAAGAGGUAGCUGAAGAUUGGCUUGAGAAGUUCAGUCCUUGGGAGGUUGUUCGGCAUGAUGUUAUUUUUCCCAUAAGAUUUUUCGGCCACGUUGAGAUCUCUUCAACAGGAUCCAGUAGAAAAUGGGUUGGAGGAGAGGUACUUCAAGCACUUGCUUAUGAUAUUCCUAUUCCUGGGUACAAAACAAAAAAUGCAAUAAGCCUUCGCCUAUGGGAUGCAAAAGCUCGUGCUGAAGAUUUCAAUCUAUUUCAGUUCAAUGAUGGACAGUAUGAAUCAGCCGCUUUGCUGCACUCUAAAGCUCAGCAGAUAUGUGCGGUCCUAUACCCUGGUGAUACUACAGAAAAUGGAAAGAUUCUAAGGCUGAAGCAACAAUUCUUCCUUUGCAGUGCAUCACUCCAGGAUAUUAUUGCUAGAUUCAAGAAGAGGAAAGAAGGAAAAGGGCCGUAUCAAUGGUCUGAAUUUCCUAACAAAGUUGCUGUUCAACUGAAUGAUACUCAUCCCACACUUUCCAUACCAGAACUAAUGCGGCUAUUGCUGGAUGAUGAAGGGCUUGGUUGGGAUGAAGCCUGGGAUGUGACAUCAAGGACUAUUGCUUACACCAAUCACACUGUUCUUCCGGAAGCAUUAGAGAAAUGGUCACAGGCUAUAAUGUGGAAACUUCUUCCCCGACAUAUGGAAAUUAUUGAAGAAAUCGAUAAGAGGUUCAAAGCGAUGGUAAAUUCCAACCAUAGGGACAUGGAGAGCAAGCUACCGUUGAUGCAAAUUCUUGAUAGUUCCAAUCCAGAGAAACCCGUAGUACGCAUGGCUAAUUUGUGUGUCGUCUCUUCACACACAGUAAAUGGGGUAGCACAGUUACAUAGUGAUAUCUUAAAGUCUGAAUUAUUUGCACACUAUGUUUCGCUAUGGCCUGGUAAGUUUCAGAACAAGACAAAUGGUAUUACGCCUCGUCGAUGGCUCCGUUUCUGUAACCAGGAGUUGAGCAACAUAAUUACGAAGUGGCUGAAGGGUGAUGCUUGGAUCACUAAUCUUGAUCUCCUUUCUGGGCUUUGUCAAUUUGCUGACAAUGAGGAGUUGCAUGCUGAAUGGGCUUCAGCAAAGAUGGCAAGCAAAAGUCGCCUAGCACAAUAUAUACUUAACAUUACAGGAGUGAUGAUUGAUCCAAACAGCCUUUUCGAUAUCCAAAUUAAGCGCAUACAUGAAUAUAAGAGACAGCUAUUAAACAUUCUGGGGGCAGUGUAUAGAUAUAAAAGAUUGAAGGAAAUGGGCGAUGAAGGAAGGAAGAAAGCGACUCCACGGACCAUCAUGAUUGGAGGAAAAGCAUUUGCAACGUAUACAAAUGCAAAGAGAAUAGUAAAGCUUGUGAAUGAUGUUGGUUCUGUGAUCAACAAUGAUCCUGAGAUUAAGGACUAUUUGAAGGUUGUCUUUGUUCCAAAUUACAAUGUCUCUGUGGCUGAAAUUCUAAUUCCCGGUAGUGAUCUGUCUCAACACAUCAGUACGGCUGGCAUGGAAGCUAGCGGGACUAGCAACAUGAAGUUUGCACUAAAUGGAUGUCUCAUUAUUGGUACACUGGAUGGCGCAAAUGUUGAAAUUAGAGAAGAGAUUGGAGAAGACAAUUUCUUCCUUUUUGGUGCAAAAGCAGAUGAAGUGCCACGAUUGCGCAAGGAGAGAGAAAAUGGUUUGUUCAAGCCGGAUCCACGAUUUGAAGAGGCCAAGCACUUCAUAAGGAGUGGUGCUUUUGGUACAUACAACUACGAACCACUUUUAGACUCCUUGGAGGGAAACUCUGGCUAUGGACGCGGCGAUUACUUCCUCGUAGGCCAGGAUUUUCCAAGCUAUAUGGAUGCACAAGCUCAGGUUGAUGAAGCAUACAAGGACAAGAAAAGGUGGGUGAAGAUGUCUAUUCUGAGCACUGCAGGUUGUGGCAAAUUCAGCAGCGAUCGAACAAUCUCUCAGUACGCUAAAGAGAUCUGGGGAAUUAACCCCUGCCCUGUGCCAUAGAUGAGAUUUCAUGGGGCAAACCGGUUCAAGUUGCUGGAGCUACUGAUAGAAUGAAUAUAUUCACAAAUUUGGAUCGAGGGACCGGUAACAAAUCUCAACUAUUAUUAUUAAUAUAUAUUAUAUCAAAAGAUGUGUGGAAUAAAUUUAUACUUGCAACUCUCCAGAAAGAAAUUUAGCUCAUAAUCAAACUUUUAUUUGAGCGUUUAUUAGUUUCCUUGAGCUGAAUAAAGAGAUGGCGGCCUCUUUUGAUUACUUCCUACCCUCAAAUACGUUUUGUAACUAAUAUUGCGUUUAUCGUUUAGUAAAGUAAACAAUUACAACUACUCGAAAUUUAAAUCUUCCUUUAUCAUU